AUGCAUAUCCUCUCAGUUGUGCUCUGCCUUUGGGUAGCUUACACCCAGAGUGCGGUCAUAGGUAGGUUCACUAGAUGCUGCACUGCUGAUGGCUACUGGCUGAACGACCUAUCCGGCAAGGGCAUCGCUCCGUUCAACCCAAAUCCAGCUGCAUACAAGGUUUUCCGAAACGUGUUGGACUAUGGAGCAAAGGGUGACGGUGUCACUGACGACUCGGAUGCAAUCAACCGUGCGAUCAGCGACGGAAACCGCUGCGGUCCAUCUGUAUGCGACUCGUCGACUGAUACUCCUGCUGUCGUGUACAUUCCAUCUGGCACGUACCUCAUCGGCAAACCGAUCAUCUUCUAUUACAUGACUCAGCUCAUCGGUAACCCUCGAAGUCUACCGACUCUCAAAGCUUCAGCCAGCCUUGACGCUUUAGCCUUGAUCGAUGGAAGUCCUUACAACAACAAUGAUGGCUCACCUGGUUGGACCUCUACCAACUUGUUUAUGCGCCAGAUUCGAAACUUGAUCAUCGACGGUACUGCCAGACCUCCAACUUCAGGGUUCCAGGCUAUUCAUUGGCCGGCUUCGCAGGCAACUACGAUCCAGAAUGUCAAGAUUCGCAUGACUCAAGCAUCAAAUUCUGUCCAUGCUGGUAUCUUCGUGGAGAAUGGAUCUGGAGGCCACAUGGCCGACCUCGAUAUCGAGGGAGGUUUGUAUGGUAUGAACAUCGGUAACCAGCAGUUCACCAUGCGUAAUGUCAAGAUCUCCAAGGCUGUCGUCGGUAUCUCCCAAAUCUGGAGUUGGGGUUGGCUAUACUCGGGCUUGACAAUUAGCGACUGCGGUACCGCCUUUUCUAUGACAAACGGAGCACAAAGCAACAAGCUUGAGGUUGGAUCAGUCGUCAUCAUCGACAGCGAAAUCACCAACUGCCCUACUUUUGUUGACCAAGCAUGGACAAGGAGCACGACUCCCAUCGGCGCCGGACAGCUUGUCAUCGAGAAUGUCAAGCUGAACAACGUACCAGUCGCAGUAAAAGGACCCAGUGGCGCCACAGUUCUUGCAGGCGGAUCCAUCACUAUAGGCACCUGGGGCCAGGGCAAUAGGUACACACCCAAUGGACCAGAGAAGUUCCAGGGCCCUAUGACAACAGCAGCCCGGCCUGAAGGGCUUCUCGACAACGGCAAGUUCUACUCGAAGUCGAAACCUCAAUAUGAGAACCUGGGCGCGGGCAGUUUUGUAAGCGCUCGUGGUUCCGGUGCUACAGGUAACGGCAACACAGACGACACCUUUGCUGUGCAGAAUGCCAUCAACCAGGCUGUAUCGGAGAACAAAGUUCUGUUCUUCGAGCAUGGUGUCUACCGAGUCACUAACACGCUCGACUUCCCACCCGGUCUCCGUGCGGUCGGAGAGACUUUCUCAGUCAUCAUGGGCUCUGGCAGCACCUUCGCAGACCAGAACAACCCCAAACCAAUCGUUCGAAUCGGUCAAGCGGGCCAGAGUGGAAGCAUCGAAUGGUCAGACAUGGUCGUACAGACUCAAGGAGGCACCCCUGGAGCUAAGCUCAUCGAAUACAAUCUGAGGUCCGCCCGUGGCUCAGGUAUCUGGGACGUUCAUACACGCGUCGGAGGAGCCAAAGGUACUGGACACCAGGUUGCGCAGUGUCCUACCGGAUCGGUCAACCCCCAGUGCUUUGCCGCGCACACUAACGUCCACAUUACCAGCUCUGCCUCGGGAGCGUACUUUGAGAACAACUGGUUUUGGACAGCAGACCAUGACCUUGAUGAUUGGAACUCGACACGCGUUUCCAUCUUCACUGGGCGUGGCCUCCUGAUUGAGGGUAGGGGCACCUGGCUAUGGGCAAACGGCGUUGAGCACCACGCCUUGUACCAAUACCAGUUCAACAAAGCAUCAGACAUCUUUGCCGGCUUCAUCCAGACCGAAACCCCUUACUACAUGCCGACACCAGAUGCACUCAGUCAACCCUACGUGCCACAGGCAGCCUACAGCGAUCCUGUCUACACAUCUGGCCAGCGCGCAUGGGGACUCCGUGUUGUCGACUCGACCAACGUUCUCAUCUAUGGUGGUGGUCUCUACUCGUUCUUCAUCAACUACGAUGUGUCUUGUAGUUCCCCCGAUGCACCGCAGGGCAGAAGAAUUUGUCAAAGUCAAAUCCUGAGCAUCGAGGGAGCAACGAGCUUCCAAGCCUUUGCGUUGAGCGAAGUCGGAGUUGAACAGAUGCUGACUAUCAAUGGUGAGCAAAAGGCCAUAUGGUCCGACAACCUGAGUGUGUACCCGGACACCAUUGGCUACAUCAAGUACAACAUCUAGAAGCAUGUAAGGGUACUGGUGCAGUCAUCUUCAGUAUAUAGGUUGCAUUAGCGACGGAGUUCAUUCGUCUGUGGUUG